CUCGCUAGCAGCGAAGCCGACGCCGGCGUCCUACCCGUCAAUGGACCCUCCGGCAGACUUCCCCGUGCUCGCGCCAACAGUCGUACCUUUUCUGCCUCACGCUCCAGCCUUAUGUCGAACGACUCUUCUUACCGAGACCGGGGCAGUGUGGGUGAACGGUUCUACGAAAACAGUCCAAGAGCCAGUUAUACUCUUACCCAGUUGCGCUGAUUCAAUGUCAUCAUUGCCUUUGCGACUGCUUGUACGCUUCCUGUAUGUGUCAUAG